AUGAAUUUAAAACUAGUGGUAUUUCUGUUCUGUUCCAAUUUUUUGUUGCUAUACUCAAUAACAGACGCGUGUGGUAUCAAUGAAUGGAGAUGUGAAACAGGUGGUCGUUGUAUUCCGACAACAUGGCGUUGCAAUCGAAUUAACGAUUGCACUGAUGGGUCCGAUGAACGCAAUUGCACUUAUCCAAGAUGUUCGGAGUCGCAAUUUGAUUGUGGAGACCGGUGUAUACCGCGUACGUGGAGAUGUGAUGGUGACAAUGAUUGUGGAAACAAUGCUGAUGAACAAAAUUGUCCUCCGAGAAGAUGUUCAAAUACACAGUUCCAAUGCAAUGAUACAAGGUGUAUUGAUGCUUCGAUGAAAUGCAAUCAUGUCAAAGAUUGCAGUGAUGGCAGUGAUGAAGAAACAUUUUGCAAUUAUCGCUCAUGUAAUUCUUCAAGUGAAUUUCAAUGUGAUAUACAACGCUGCUUACCAUUAACACAAAAAUGUGAUGGUUAUUACAACUGUGAUGAUCGUACUGAUGAGCUUAAUUGUAAUAGCACAGCUUGUACAGCGAAUCAAUUUCGAUGUGUUGCGGAUGGUCGAUGUAUACCAAGUUAUCAGCGUUGUGACUUUCGCUUACAAUGUACAGAUGGAUCCGACGAAGCUAAUUGCACACGAUCAAAUUGUACACAAUCUCAAUUUCAAUGUACGAAUGGAAGAUGUAUUCCAUCGUCAUGGGUUUGUGACACGGAUAAUGAUUGUCUCGACCAAAGUGAUGAAAUGCACUGUGGAGCAAGACUAUGUCCUCCACAUAUGUAUCCAUGUAAUGUCACAGGACAAUGCAUUGAUAUAACAAAAGUAUGUAAUGGUCAACAAGAUUGUGCAGAUGGUACGGAUGAAAGUCCUCAAUGUGGCUCUCGGCUAUGUAAUUUGUAUUCGUGUGAUCAUGAUUGUCGUGCUACUCCUGAUGGUCGGGGUGUAUGCUAUUGUCCAUUGGGAUUUCAAAUAAAUCCGGCAAACAAUCGCUCUUGUAUUGAUGUCAAUGAAUGUGAAAUCUGGGAUGAAUGUGAUCACAAUUGUCAAAAUACAAUUGGAUCAUAUGUCUGCACAUGUCGAGCGAACUAUACGCUUGAGACAGGCAAUCGAUGCAAACAUAUCAAUAGUGAUAAUAUGAAAAUGUUUGUCGCAAUCGCGAAUAAAAUAUACGAGAUCGAUCGACUUGGCAAUUCUCGAAUUCUGUAUGUUGGACGAGAAAAUAUGACAAUCAGCGCUGUUGACUAUCACUACCGGAAUCGAAUUUUGUACUUUACCGAUUCUCGCGCACAUCAAAUUUACUCUUUAUUACUAUCAUCACCGUACCCGAGCGCAACACUCAUUCUUGAAAAGAACAUUCUUUCACCCGUAUCCAUUGCUGUUGAUUGGAUAACGAAUAAAUUAUAUAUUGUCGAACAUGAAUUAGCACGUAUUGAUAUGUUUUCGUUAGAUGGAAAACAGAUGAAAACGAAUAUUAUUACAAGUAAUAUUCAUCAACCGCGAGCCAUCGCCAUCGACCCGAUAGCAGAAUAUCUGUUCUUUGUGGACGAAGGCGAUUGGCAUCGAAUACCUGCAAAGAUCUUUCGAUGUCUUCUCGAUGGUUCUCAAUGUGCGGUGCUAGUCGAUCAGAAAUUGGAUCAACCAAGUGAUAUCACAGUCGAUCAUAUUAAGCAACGAAUUUACUGGGUUGAUCGAUCAUAUGAUCAUGUGGAAAGUUGUGACUAUCAUGGAUCAAGACGUAUUACAUUGACAUCCGGUAGUCAAAAUAUUCCAUAUACAGUUGGCCUUGAUCUUUUCGAAAAUAAUCUCUAUUUAACUGACGAUAUGAAAGGUGCUGUAUUACAACUUCGACGACAUUUUAAUUCGAAUACAAGUAUUUUUUACAAACCUCAGUCAUUUGUUCGACCAAGAGGCAUCAGUAUUUACCAUGAAACUCGACAGCCGCAGCGCACAAAUCCAUGCAAUGGGACAUAUAAUGGUGGUUGUGAACAUUUAUGUUUACUAGGCCGAGCAAAUCUUCUCGCGAAUAGUUAUCAAUGUCGAUGUCAAUCGGGUUAUCGACUUAAAUCAGAUUUACGAACGUGUGAACCGGUGAAAGAUUUUCUGCUUCUUACACGUUUGUUUUCCAUUCGUGCGAUUGAUUUCAGUCGGGAUUCAAAAAUUGAAGCUCGACCACCGAUAGUACCCGAUCGGCGAACAAUCAUUAUGGAUUCUGUUUUCGAUUAUCGGCAAAAACUCGUCUAUUUCUAUUCGAAACGAAGUCAAAUGAUCUAUAUUUCGUAUAUGGAUGGUGAAAAACCAAAACCAGUAACAACAUCGAAGAUAUUUCCUGUCGUCAGUGCCAUGGCAUAUGAUUGGUUUUCCAAGUUACUCUAUUUGACAUCAUCAACUGAAAGUCAAUUAUUUGUUGUCAGAAUGAAUACAACCGAUUUUCCCCAACGUGUACUAGUCAAUGGUACCAUCGGUAUACAUGGUAUUGCCGUAGAACCAAUUCAAGGAUAUGUAUUUUACUCAACAAUUAUUCGUCCAGCUAAAAUUUAUCGAAUGUCAUCGGACGGAUCAAAUCGUAUGAUCAUUGUGCCAAAUGAAUUAGGUACUCCUUAUCACUUAACAUGCGAUUACGGCAGUCAACGACUCUACUGGACUGAUGGUGCACUAUCACGUAUUCAAUAUUCUGAUUAUAAUGGACGGAACAUUCAAUCAUUGAGAGGACGAUCAAUUUCUCAUCCAUUUGGAAUUGCAAUAUACGGAUCUCGAUUGUACUUUACUGAUGUGACAUUGGAAACUGUAUUUGAAAGCAGUAAAACUUACAGUGGUUAUGCUUCUCCGAUUCGAUCGAAUAUUCCGGCGAUUUCAACCGUUCGAGUCUACGCAGAAUCAUCCCAACCAAUCAAUAUUACGCAUCCAUGUUGGACCAAUAAUGGCGAAUGUUCAGAUUUCUGUUUCCCUAAGCGCGAACAAAACGUUCUGACACGAGUCUGCGGUUGUCGUUACGGUCAAAAAUUGAAUACAAAUAAUAAUAUUCAAUGCGUGGAUAAUUCUGCAGCUGAACCAAGUCGAACAUCAUGCAAUGGGCAAUUUCAAUGUCGAAACAGUCGAUGUAUUCCAUUAAACUACAGAUGCGAUGGAGAUGAUGAUUGUCAUGAUAAUAGCGAUGAACAAAAUUGUCCAGCUGGAACACCACGAUGUCCAACUACGCAAUUUCAAUGUCGUAGUACAGGUGUUUGUAUUAAUAAACAGCUUGUUUGUGAUGGCUACGCUCAUUGUCUCGAUCGUUCGGAUGAAUCGAAUUGCAGCCAAACUUGCAAUGAUAAUCAAUUUCGAUGUGCAUCAGGAAGAUGUAUUUCAAAAUCAUGGGUUUGUGAUAAUGAAAAUGAUUGUGGAGAUUCAAGUGACGAACAGAAUUGCCAUGAACGAACUUGUGAUCAACUAACACAGUUCACUUGUCCUCAUACACCUGGCAGAUGUAUUCCAACCGCUUGGAAAUGUGAUGGCCAAAAUGAUUGUGGAGAUAAUUCAGAUGAACUUAAUUGUCCACCCAUUGCUUGCGGCACCGGACAAUUUUUAUGCGCACGUGAUCGACGUUGUAUCAAUGCAACACGCCGGUGCGAUGGUAUUGCGGACUGCCCAUCAAUGGAAGACGAACAAGGCUGUUCAGGUUCAACACCAUCGUUCUGCCGACCUGAUCAGUUUCGUUGUGGAACAACUUGCAUACCAAACGCAUGGCGUUGUGAUGGUCAUCGAGAUUGUGCUGAUGGUUCUGAUGAACCAUCGACUUGUGGUGCACGAAAUUGUACAUCGAGUGAAUUUCGUUGUUUGACAUCGGGCGAAUGCAUUCCGGAGACAUGGGUGUGCGAUCAUGAUGACGAUUGUGAAGAUGGAUCCGAUGAAAGUUUAAAUCAGUGCCAAACUGCCCCGUUUUCCUGUCAAGAUAAUCAAAUACCAUGUCCAAGUACAACAAUUCAUCAAUGUGUAAAUGUUUCACAAGUUUGUGACGGUAAACCGGAUUGUCCUGGUGGUGGCGAUGAGUCGCCAUUAUGUAACAAUGAUCAAUGCUCGGUCAAUAAUGGUGAAUGUAGUCAUAUAUGCCAUCCGUCUCCAUUUGGCGUUCUAUGUCUUUGUGAACCUGGUUUUCAUGUAACCAAUACGACGAACUAUAAGAAAUGCGAAGAUAUUGACGAAUGUGUUGAGGAUCCUUUCUUAUGCCAUCAGCACUGCUUGAAUACCAAUGGAAGUUUCAUUUGUGGAUGUGAUGAAGGAUUUAUUUUACAAUCAGAUGGACGAACUUGUAAAAUCAUCAAUGAAACUGGUAUUCGUCUAUUGGCUUCAUAUAGUUCUUCAAUUGGCUGGUACUCGCCAACAUUGCAAACCUAUGGUCAAGUCCCUCUUGGUCCUAAUAUGCGUUACAUAUCUGCAUUUGAUGUUGAUAAUCGAACGAAUACCUAUUUCUGGGCUGACAUAGCAACAAAUACUAUCUAUCGUCGUUCGUCUAGAGCAACAAAUUACACCAAAAUUAUUACAAGCGGUAAUAGUUACAUUGCUGGUUUGGCAUAUGAUUGGAUUGGAAAUAAUUUGUAUUGGACUGAUUAUAUGCUCGAACAUAUUGAAGUUUCAUCAGCAGAUGGUCGUCAUCGACGGAUAUUAUUUCAUGAAAAUCUGACAAAUCCAUGGGCAAUUGCAGUCGAUCCUCGGCCAGGCGUUCGAUUUCUGUUUUUUACUGAUUGGGCUAAAAAUCCUCGCAUUGAACGUUGUAGCAUGGAUGGCCAAGAACGUAUUACUCUUGUCAACGAUUCAAUUCAUAUGCCAUUUGGUUUAACGCUAGAUUUAAUACGUGAAAAAGUUUACUUUAGCGAUCGUCAUUUGAAUUACAUCGAAGUUGUUAGUUACACAGGGGCAGACCGACGGAAAAUCCUCUCGAAUACCCAUUUUCUUCAUGCGCCAACAUCAAUCGCCAUUUUCGAGAAUUAUCUCUACUGGUUUGAUUCGAACUCAAAUGAAGUACGUCGUUUAAACCGAUUCGAACAUGGUGUCAAAGCACAACGACACGAGAGAAUUCUAUCUCGCACAGGAAUUAGUCAUUUGAAGAUUUCGCAUCGAAUUUAUCAACCAUCAGGUCCAAACCCAUGUCAACAAUCUCGCUGUACACAACUUUGUCUUCUUUCUCAUACUUCAUCAUCGGGUUAUACUUGUGCUUGUUCAACUGGCUUCUAUCUUGACCGAGAUCAGUUUACAUGUUCAAAAGAUUAUUCGCCUUUCAUCAUCUAUAUGAGAAGUCGAACAAUUGGAGGAAUAAACGUACGACAUGACCAACGAUACGUGGAUGAAAAUUCGAAUUACGAUGAUUUAUGGGAACGAUUAGUUACCGUUACAGAUAUCGGCCGAGGUUAUGAAUUUGCCUUUGAUGAAGCUAACGAAACGAUAUAUUGGUCACAAAUGAAAGGUAUUCUACCCGAUGGAUCUACCAGGUAUGAAAUUCGUCGAAUUAAUUUCGAUGGUACGAAUGAAACAGUUUUCUAUGGUGAUGAUGAAAUCCUAGUCGGAAUGGAAAGUGGUACGAUGCAAGUCGAUGCUGUCGGACGAUUUGUGUAUUGGAUUGAUCUUGGCGGUGGACAAGUGCCAAUGAAAAUAGCUCGUGUUCGUUUCGAUGGCAAAUAUCCAGAGAAUGUUAUAACAGAAAAUCUCCUGCGUCCGAACUAUAUAGUGUACAAUCUUGAUCUUCACUGCAUUUUCUGGAGUGAUACUGGCAUUCAAAAAAUUUCAUAUCAUUGUAUGGAUUCGGGUGAUACAAAAGUUCUCGACGUUGAUGUUAGCCAUCCUCGCGGUUUUGAUUUUCUUACUCAUUUCCUUCCUCCAGCAUCGGGAUCGUCAGUUCAAACAAAUGAAAAUGAUGAUAUUUCAUCCACACAUUAUUCCUUAUUCUUUGUCGAUGCUGAUCUAGAAGGAGUUUAUAAGAAAUGGUUUGAUCAUAACUUAAUCCCAGUAACCGAUGUCAUCCCGGUACGAGUUAAUCAACAAGAUCCAAUGCAAGUUCGAGCUUAUCCGCGCUACGAAGCUCUAAAUGCAUACUGUUAUUACAGUUCUUAUUGUGAACAGUUCUGCUUUCAAAUUGAUUCACUUAACCAUAAUACACCGACAUGUGAUUGUGCUAUCGGAUACAAGUUAAAUAGCGAUGGACGAACGUGUUCACCUAAAAGUCAGCAAUUCAUCGUCUAUAGUACGCAUUCCUUGUUGCGAGCAUUCGAUUAUCGUUCGAAUGAUUCGGCAAGAGAAGAUGUUAUGCCAUUAAUAGCCGGAAACAACAUGGAAAUGUUAUCGGUUCGAUAUUCUACACGUGAAAUUUAUUGGAUACAUGCGAAUCGCCUGAUACGUCGCGCAGUUUGGACAGAUAGUCGAACAUGGAAUGUCACAACUCACUUACAAAUAAGCGUUGCUGCUGAACAAAACUUUAUUCUUGGCCUGACGCUUGAUUGGAUAUCUGGAAAUUUGUAUUUUUCAUACAUAUCGAACCAAUAUGGUCAUUUAGAAGUUAAUCGUCUCGGAACAGAUCAUCGUUUGAUAUUGCGCAAAGGCACUAACGAAACAAUCUAUUCUCUGGCUGUUAAUCCGAAACGAAGAUUUCUCUAUUGGUGUGAUCGUGGUCCACGUGCUCACAUCACUCGUUCAUUGCUCAAUGGUGAAAAUGUUACCUAUCUUGUUACAACACAAAUCAUUCGACCCGAAUCAAUAACAAUUGAUUAUUCGACUGAUGAUGUCUAUUGGGCGGAUUCUAUACGUGAUACGAUUGAAGUUAUUUCAUGGGAUGGACGAAAUCGGCGAACAGUUUCACGUAAUAUUCCCAAAGCGAUUGCUUUACUUGUUGCUAACAAUGAUCUCUAUGUUAUGGAUCGAGCAUUUUCAUCGAUUAUGCGUAUUAAUAAGACGGCUAGUAAUAUGACACAACGAUUAGAAUCGAUUUUAUCGUUGAAAAGUUAUGAAGUCGGUGGAAUGGUAUUAUUUGAUGAACAACCUAUCUAUGAAUCACCUUGCCAAUCCUCAACGGUUCGACAACGAUUCUGCGAAGAUCUCUGCUUUGCUAUGCCUGAGACAAGUGUGCCACAAUGUGCAUGUGCAUUUGGAACAUUGAGUGCCGAUCGGCGAACUUGCACACCACCGAAUGAAUAUCUACUCGUGGCGAUGGAGAAAGAGAUUCGCCCGAUGUCUAUGCAACCACAUGGUUUAGCAACGAGUGCACCGUGGAGAGCAAUUACUAAUCUUAGUAUGGUAGUUGGAAUCGAUUUUGACUAUCGAGAUAAGCAGAUAUUCUACACGGACAUCCAAAUUCAAGAUAUAUUUUCAUUUAAUAUGGAUGAUCCGAAUCCAACUGCUCGAAAAUUAGUACAAUCAAAUGUGACAGGUCGUUCACAACCUGUCGGCAUUGCAUACGAUUGGGUGUCUGAUCGUUUGUAUUGGACUGAUGAAACUUAUGGACGAAUUAUAUCAGCAAGACAUAACGGCUCAGAAAAAGUUAUUAUCGCAGCUAGUCUACGUCCUAGAGCAAUUGUUGUGCAUCCGUGCAAAGGAUUACUGUUCUGGUCAGAUAUUGGAUCAUAUCCGUCGAUUCGUCGUUCGACGUUAACUGGACGACAAGUGACAUAUGUAAUAACGACCAAUAUUCGUUGGCCAAAUGGACUAACAGUUGAUUUCGAUGACGAUCGAAUCUAUUGGGCAGACGCCUGGUUUGAUCGUAUCGAACGUGCCUCAUUCGACGGUACAAAUCGUGAAGUCAUUGCCACAGUCGUUCAUCCAUUUGCAAUAACUGUUCAUGGACAUUAUAUCUAUUGGACUGAUUGGAAUCUUCGUGGUAUUUACCGUGCAGAAAAAUAUACCGGUGCUAAUAUGGUUGAAAUGCAGAGCAACCUUCCCUAUCGUCCAAUGGAUAUCCAUGUCGUGUCGGAUCAACGUCAGAAGUGUUCAUCUUCUCCAUGUAAUAUCAGUAAUGGUGGUUGCAGUCAUAUAUGCAAAACAGGAUUGGAUAAUCAAGUGGAAUGUACUUGUCCAAGUGGUCAACAAUUGAAGUUAGCAAAUGAUCGACGAAUGUGUGUUCCGAUAUCAUCAUCAUGUGCAUCUGUUAAUUUCACCUGUCGCAAUGGUCAAUGUAUUUCCAGACGAAAAGUGUGCGAUGGUCAAGGAGAUUGUUCGGAUAAUUCAGACGAAGAAACAAGAUUUUGCUCGGCCUAUACUUGUCGACCAACUGAAUAUCGAUGCUUGAGUGGCGGUUGUAUUCCAUUUGUUGAGAGAUGCGAUCGAAAGAUCGAUUGUAACGAUGGUAGUGAUGAAAAUAACCCUUAUCAGCCCUGUGUCUAUCCACAAUGUCCUGACGGACAAUUUACUUGUGCCAAUUUUCGGUGUAUUGAUUCUUUCAAACGUUGCAAUGGAUACGAUGAUUGUAAUGAUGGAAACUCAACUGAUGAAGUCAGUUGUCCGUCUCGUGUUUGUAACGGUACAAAUAGUAUGAAAUGUCCUAACAAUAACAUAUGUAUCCAACGAAGUUAUCUAUGUGAUGGCGAUAAUGACUGUGGUGAUAAUAGUGAUGAAAGUCCGAUAUUUUGUCAAAGUAUUCAGUGCAAUACGACGGAAUUUCGAUGCGGAAACGGUCGUUGUAUACCAUAUUCCUGGGUAUGUGAUGGACGACGGGAUUGUGCUGAUGGUAUCGAUGAGCCAGUUGAUUGUCGUUCCACGAAUCGUACAUGUCCAGCAGAACUUUGGAAAUGUGAUAAUGGCCGAUGUAUAAGUCCAGAUCAACGAUGCAAUGGUAUUGACGAUUGCCGAGAUGGAAGUGAUGAAGAUGAAAGACAUAAUUGUGCUGAAAUGCCUUGUCGUCCGGCACAAUUUCGUUGCCCGACAGGUCUGAAAAGUAAUUCACGUUUGAGAUGUCUCGAUCAAUCGGCUGUCUGUAAUGGUAUUGCUAAUUGCAUGCGUGGAGAAGAUGAAGCCAAUUGUACUCGACGAAAUUGUUCUUCUUUGCAAUUUCAAUGUGCCAACGGCCUUUGUGUUCCACGGUCAUAUAUUUGUGAUCACGAUAACGAUUGCGGUGAUGGAUCUGAUGAACCUGCAUCAUGUGCUUCGCAGUAUCGAAAUUGUACCAGUGCAGAAUAUCGAUGUGAAAAUGGACGGUGUAUACCAAAAUCUGCUACGUGUAAUGGCUUUAAUGAUUGCCAUGAUAAUUCUGAUGAGAAACCUUCCUUAUGUCAAACAGAACAAUGUCCUGCCGGACAAUUCCAGUGUCGAAAUAAACAAUGCAUUCCCUAUGAGGUUGUUUGUAAUGGUGUAAGAAAUUGUACUGAUGGAAGUGAUGAACCUGUUAGUUGUGGUGUGAAUGAAUGUGCAUCGACGGUUCUCAGCGGUUGUGAACAUGGUUGUGUGAAUACAUUAAGUUCUUUUCGAUGUACCUGUCGACCAGGUUAUAAAUUGGCAACCAAUCAGAGGAAUUGUUGGGGUAAGAACGCUCACCAGUAUUCUCGAUUUUCUACACACAGAGUACUUCAAUUAAAUCAUGCCUAUUUAGAUAUCAACGAAUGUGUUGAAACACCAAGUGUUUGUCAGCAAUUAUGUGAAAAUACUCAGGGUUCUUACAUUUGUAAAUGUGUAUCUGGCUAUGAAAAGGGUCUUGAUGGGCGCAGUUGUUAUCGAACAAACCGAACUGUUAUACCACAUGUAUUAUACAUAAAUAAAUACUACAUUCGUGCUAUCGACCUCGAUGAACAAACCGAAAUAACAGUUGCUCGUGGUUUUAUGGAGCUAUCUGCUAUAACAUAUGAUUGGAAAGAUCGAAAAAUCUAUGUUGGGGACAAUGUUGCUAAUAAAGUCUAUCGCAUGAACUUCAAUGCAUCGCAGUCGACAGCGAUUAUUGAAGGUAGCCGGGUACGAGGACUCCGUGCAUUAGCUUUAGAUUGGAUUGGAAGAAAAUUGUAUUUAUUAUCGAGCGUACCUGAACUCCGCGUCUGUGAAUUAGAUGGUCGAAAUGAAGUGACACUGUUAAAUUCAAGAUACUUAUCCCAACCGAAUUAUUUAGCGAUUGAUCCAUUAGUCGGCUAUUUGUUUUAUUCCGAUUGGGGUCAACCACAUAUUGGAAGAAUCAAUUUAGAUGGCAGUAAUUUUGUUAAGGUUAUUGGAACAGAUACGGCAGGACCAUUGGGUUUAGCUAUUGAUAUUAUCACGAAACGAAUCUUCUGGAUCGAUAGACGCUUACAACGAUUAGAAUUCAGUAAUUACAAUGGUGGUGAGCGUAAAAUUGCAUUUUCGGGUCAUGAUUAUGUACCAUACUCGCUUGGUCUGGGAUUCAUUGAUGGUUACGUGAUUUGGUCAGAUUUCACUAAUCACUCUUUAAUUCGUGCUGACGCAUUGAAUGGUUCAAAUAAACAUGUGCUUAUACCCGACACGAUCAACGAAGUCAUGUCUCUUGCUGUUAUUCAUCCAUCGUUACAACCACAGAUUCCAAAUCCAUGUGGAACAAAUAAUGGCGGUUGUUCACAUUUAUGUUUAUUGUCAACGAAUCAAUCGUAUACUUGUGUCUGUCCUGAAUACUUUUCAUUUAAUAACAAUGGAAAUAAUCGAACAUGUGCCGCGAAUUGUAGCUGUAAUCAACAUCGAUGCGGACCGCCCAAUGAACGAUGUAUCCCUUGGUCAGCGAAAUGUAAUGGAGUGAAUGACUGCGAAGAUGGAUCGGAUGAGCCGACUACUUGUCCACAAAGGCGAUGUACAACAAAUCAAUUUCAAUGUCGAAAUCAAAAUUGUACACCGAUUUCAUAUGUUUGUGAUGGCAUGGAUGAUUGUGGUGAUAAUUCAGAUGAAGAAAAUUGUGAAUGCCGCUGUAUGCCAGGAACAUUUCGAUGUAACUCGGGCCCAUGUUUAUCGGCGAGAUUCCGUUGUGAUGGUACUCGACAUUGUUCUGAUGGCAGCGAUGAGUUAAACUGUGGCAAUCGUACAUGCUCUCAUCAUCAAUUUACAUGUACUAAUGGUCGAUGUAUCCCUGCGUCAUAUGAAUGUGAUUUAGACAAUGAUUGCGGGGACAAUAGUGAUGAAAACGCUUAUUUCUGUCGUAAUCGUCCAUGUCGUCCAGAUCAAGUUCGAUGUCCUAACUCAUAUAAAUGCAUUCCGAAUGCAGCACGAUGUAAUGGACGAAACGAUUGCGGAGAUAAUAGUGACGAAAAUCCCAAUCAAUGUCCGGUAUGCAAUGAUGCCAGCCAUUUUCGAUGUCGUGAUGGAGGAUGUAUUCCGAGAAGUUUGCGUUGUAAUCAUCGAAACGAUUGUCGCGAUGGAUCUGAUGAAAAUCCAGACACAUGCAUUUAUCGGGAUUGUAGUGAAGAUGAAUUUCGCUGUUCCAAUGGCCGAUGUAUUCCACAACGAUGGUUUGAAACAAAUCUUCAAGAAGAUAUUUCGACUAUUCCUCUGAUUUAUUUGCUUGUUUGUUUCAGGGUUUGUGAUCAUGAUUAUGACUGUGGCGCUGGCGAUACAUCCGAUGAAACAGCUGAUUGCGCUGCUCGACCAUGUCCGAAUGGAAGAUUUAAAUGUGCAUCAGGCCAUUGUGUUAGUAAUACGAGUCGUUGUGAUGGAAUUCCACAAUGUGCCGAUGUUUCGGACGAAAUCGGCUGUCCACCACGUGGUCCGAAUGGUACCUAUUGUGCAGCAGACCGUUUCACUUGUAACAACACACUUUGUAUCAAUAAAAAUUGGGUGUGCGAUGGCGACAAUGAUUGCCAUGAUAAUAGCGAUGAAACACUGGAAGUUUGUCGGACAGUUCCGUGUAACUCAACAUAUCAUUUCCGUUGUACAAACGGUCGUUGUAUCUAUCGUUGGCGCAUGUGCGAUCAUGUCGAUAAUUGUGGCGAUAACAGUGAUGAAGAUAUUCAUGGUGUUUGUCGCACAAGAAAUCAACCGAUAACAUGCCCACAAUACAAAUGUGAACACACCAACCGUUGUAUCCGAUUUUCCGAUCUGUGCGAUGAAUAUGACGACUGUGGUGAUGAAUCCGAUGAAUUAACAUGUCAUCAUAAUACAACAAUAACAUGUGCAAAUCAAACGAAUCAUUGCGAACAUCAAUGUCAUGAUUUACCAAAUAACCGAGGAAUUGUUUGCGCAUGUCAUCCAGGUUAUAAGUAUAGUAAAGAAACAUCGAAAUGCGAAGAUAUUGAUGAAUGUCAAAAUAUAACGUUGAAUCAUUGCUCGCAGAUAUGUAUUAAUACAAAAGGAAGUUUUCGCUGUGAAUGUGCAGCAGGUUUCGAGCCAAGUGCGGUGAACCGAUCAGAUUGUCACGCUGGAGAUCAAACGAUGGACAUUCUGAUAUCUGAACCUGAAGAUAUUCGUCGUCUUCGUCAAAACUCUCCUGGAAAUGCCGCACAUUACGGAGUGCUUAUCGAAGAUCAAUCAAGUGCUGGUUUUAUUUCCAUCGAUACAACGAACCGUCUAUUCUAUUGGAUUGACGAAGCAACGUAUGAAGUCAAUCGUGCCCAUCUUACCCCAAGUGCGCUUUCCACAGCACAGCCACAACAGCUAUUAUUUGAAGAUACUGAUCAUGCAAUCGUUCCAACAAGUGUCUCUAUUGAUUGGAUUGGUCAAAAUCUGUACGUCACUGAUGCUACCCAUGGUUGUAUAUGGGUGAUGAAAAAUGAUGGACGUUAUGCAACAAAAUUAAUCACAGGUAUCGAGUCUCCAUGGGUAAUCGCUGUAAAUCCAGUGCUUGGAAUAUUCUAUUUUAUUAACUAUGAACAUCAUGAUUUUAAUGACACCAGUGAUCGUGUUGUUGCGAUCGAAUCAGCCUAUAUGAAUGGAGAAAAUCGUACAAUAUUAGUCGAUACAGAUAUCAUUUAUCCGACCGAUUUAGUGAUUGAUUUCUAUCAAAACUAUCGUGUUUAUUGGACAGAUGAAAAGAAAGAAUCGAUCGAAUCAAUGAACUUUGAUGGUACCGAUCGAGUUACGAUAGCCCAUAUUGGUGUACAUGCACCGCAUUCUUUGGAUAUAUUUGGAAGUCAUGUCUAUUGGAUAAAUCGAGAAAAUCGAUCGCUAUAUUCAAUUGAGAAAUUUGGCCGGGGUGUAUCAACGAUGGUUCUUGAUAAUUUAGAAUCACCUUUGUUCGUCAGAAUUUAUCAUUCGCUGAAACAAAUUCAAUCAGUAUCAAAUCCAUGUUCAACGGCCAAUUGCUCACACUUAUGCGUUCUAAAGCCAUUGAAUCAAUAUCAAUGUCUAUGUCCACUUGAUACAGAAAUGCUAGAAGAUAGUCAAACAUGUAGCGCACCAAUCGUUCCCGAACGAGAAGGUGUUUUGCAAUGCUCCUGCGUGCAUGGUCGAUGUAUUUACGAAUCGGACGAUCAAAACAAUUAUCGAGUGACUGGAUGCGAUUGUUCACCGGGAUAUGCUGGUGCAAGAUGCGAUAGAAAAACUAUUAUUGAGAUCGUUGGUAAACAUUGGCGUAAGAUUCUUCUUUCUGGAAUCAUCAUUGUUGCAUUAAUUGGCAUGGUUAUAUUUGGAAUUGUUCUAUUCCAACGCAGAGGAUUGGCUCCAUCAAUGCCUACUCUUCCAUUGCCGACAGCUGUUCGAUCAGCUCUGAAUAAUAUUCGUAAUUUCGUUACACACUCAACAGAUACGAUUAAUACCGUACGAUUUCGCAAUGCUCGACCAACGACAGCCAGCAGUGCAUCAACCUUAGCAUCACCACCUGUAUUCGCUAACCCAAUGUUCGGUGCCACAAUGUCUAGUCAAUCAACGAACGAACCAGCGAAAUUGAAUGUUGACGUUUUUCCACCUCCCUCGAAACCAAAUCGAAAAGGCGCUCCAGUGUCUCCGCCACCCAAACAACAGCAGCAAUUUAAUCCUCAAAGCAAAGAAACCGAUCAUGAUAAAGCCAGUCUAGUUGAACGAAGCGUUAAUGAUGCAUAA